AUGUCUGCGUCUAUCUCGGCCGCCGACUCAGACAGCGAAGUGCAAUCUCGAACCCAGCAGAGUCCCCUCGCCUCUCAGCGAGCCAAUGCUGAGAACCCACGACGAUCUCGCAUCGAGGGCCUUUUCCCUCUGUCGUACAAACAAGGAUUCUCACAGUGGUGGUCCGCUCUCCCCGCUGCUCAAGCAGAACACCGAGUGCUCUCGUUUGUUCCACAUUUGCAGCAACCCCCCACACAUGCAAAGACAGGCUCUGCGCCACCCUCACAGACCAACUCUACCGUCGCCAUAGACAAGACCGCCUCGCCAGAAGCCACCACCUUCACAGACUCGAUCACAGAUCCGCACGGCCCUCGAACGUGGCACUCUCGCCUCGUUCCCCUCUCGGGGAAGAACCGCGCAUUGAACGAGUUCUCUGUUGUGCGCAACGUCCCCGAAGAAGGCGAUCCGGAACAUAACCUGGUCAUACUGCACGGCUAUGGGGCAGGUCUAGGUUUCUUCUACAAGAACUUUGAGCCUCUUUCCCGGGCGCCAGGGUGGCAACUCUAUGCUUUGGAUAUGCUGGGCAUGGGCCGCAGCUCGAGACCGCCAUUCAAAUUAAAAUCCAAGACGAGGGAAGCACAAAUAACCGAGGCGGAGGAUUGGUUCAUCGACUCAUUGGAGGAGUGGCGAGUCAAGAAGAAAAUUGACAAGAUGACGCUCAUGGGGCACAGCAUGGGAGGCUAUAUGGCUGUGUGUUAUGCGCUGAAAUAUCCUGGCAGACUGAAUAAAUUGAUUCUGGCCAGCCCGGUCGGAAUACCAGAGGAUCCUUACGCCACGCACGCAGCUAUGCCGCCGCCGCCAGAUUCAACGGCACAGAAUGAAGUCACGCAGGAUCAGGAGACCACUGACAACAACAAACUAUUCAAUGGUCGCAAGAAGGCAGAGAAGGAAGCGCAACUGAAGCAGAAACCAAACCCCAACCGUCUCCCAGUGCAGGACACCUCUUCAGCAGAAAACUCGUCUUCGGACGAGACCUCAACACCUGCGCCGCGUCGCCCUCUGCCAAAAUGGCUCACCUAUCUGUGGGACGCAAACAUCUCCCCGUUCAGCUUUGUUCGGUGGUCCGGUCCAUUGGGUCCGCGCCUUGUCUCAGGGUGGACGUCUCGGCGCUUCUCACAUCUGCCCCCGGAAGAAGCCCUCGCGUUACAUGAUUACAGUUACUCUUUGUUUCGGCUCAGAGGUAGUGGGGAAUAUGCGCUCGCCUAUAUUUUGGCUCCCGGAGCAUUUGCAAGGAGUCCUUUGAUCCGACGGAUUGGGGCCGUGGGAAGACAACCUCUCACAGCUUCGACACACGAGGUCAAUGAGCAAGGCCAGUUGGAGCAGUUUCCAGGAUCAACUUCAGCCGCGCAAAACGAAACUACUUCGUCUACACUGGCUUCUGCUUCACAAAAUGUCGCGAGAGAAAGGGGGAUCCCGGUCGUAUUGAUGUAUGGUGAAAACGACUGGAUGGACGUCUCAGGAGGAUACGCUGCCAAGAAGAAGAUCGACGCUCAAACGAGUCGCGCUUUGGCUGCCACUUCGUCCGAAGAGAGACACCAGGACCACGGGUCUGCGAAGGUUGUCAUCAUCAAGAACGCAGGACAUCAUCUAUACCUCGAUAAUCCAGACGACUUUAACGAGGUGAUCCUCGCUGAGAUGGAAGAUGUGCGGCGACGGUUUUUGAGGGGCCGAGAGAAUUUGAGGUAG